CGCGUCGUCUCGGCACCCUCCUCCGCUUCGAAACCCCCGACGCGACGGAAGCGAGGAAACCCUCGCGAGUCUCUCACCCCCGCCCCCCACAGCCGCCCGCCGCCGCCUCGAAUCCGCCCGGAUUCGCGCGGCGCCGGACCCCUGCGGAUCGGAUCCCGGAGGUUGGUGGAUUCGGGGCUAGGGUUUGGGGAUUGGCGGAAAUCGUGGGAUUGUUCGGCCUAAUUUGAGGAGCAAUGCGCUUCAUGGUUUGGCAGUGCACCUGAGGAGGACAGAGGGAUGGUGGCGAUGGAGGGAAAGGGGGAUGCGUCAGUGACGCCGGUGAGGACCAGUGACCGGCUCCGGCAGCGGCCGAAGUACUAUGCUCGUGGCUAUAUGUAUUACAAGCCAGCAAUGCGGAAGAAGGUCAAGUCUAAGAAGCGAACAGCUGCAUCACAGAUUGCUAAGAAACUGCUUCGCAAACCAGCUGCCCGUCCACCACCGGCCGAUUCUAUCGCAGCAAAUUUGCGCCGUUCAACGCGAAAGCGAAGGAUUCCUGUAAAUCUUGAGGGCUAUGAUACAGAUAGUUCCAGUAUGGAAGAUGAUGAUCUUAUGAGACCUAGAUAUCGUACUUCAAAGAAUAAAGGGGGAAACGAUGCUGCACAUGAUGAAGUGUCAGCUCGGCCAAAGCGCCAGAAGUUGUCUAACUCCAUACCCCGCCGUGAAGGUUUACGGCCUAGAAGAUCUUUGCGGGGACGAAGGCUGCAUCCAUACCAGGAAUCUGAAGAUGAACAGGAAAGCUCUGAAGAACAGGGUGCAGAAGAUCGAAGAGAAAAUGGCAAUGACAUUGAAGAGGAUGGUGAUGAUGAUGAGGUUGAUGGAGGCGAUGAAGCUGAAGCAGAUGGAGAUGAUGAAGAUGGUGAGGAAGAGCAAGAAGGAAGGAGGAGAUAUGAUUUAAGGGAUCGUUCAGAGGUUCGUAGACCAUCCCCUCGUAAGGAAGGGAAGCACAGACCACAAUCUCCUCGAAGAGUACUAGUCCAUGGAAUUGGUCCAAAGAACAACAAGUAUUUAAAAAAAGGUGGGUCGCGCAUGCAUAAGCGCCCUCGUUUCUCUUUGCCAGAUGAUUCAGAUGAUUCCCUUCUUGUGGAUGAGCCGGAUGAAGGUCCAUCCAUGCCAUGGAUGCGUAGUGGGAGGGGAGGUAUGCCGUGGUUGAUGGGUGGAUUGGACAUGCACAGUCCAGCAGCAUGGGGUCUGAAUGUUGGAGCGUCUGGAUGGGGUCACCAGGGUGACAGUUCUACUUCACUCAUGCCCGGGGUCCAAACUGCCGGACCUAGUUCCAAGGGAGGAGCUGAUAUUCAGCCUCUGCAGGUUGAUGAGAGUGUGAGUUUUAAAGAUAUUGGUGGACUAUCAGAGUACAUUGAUGCUUUAAAGGAAAUGGUUUUCUUUCCUUUGCUGUAUCCAGAUUUUUUUGCAAACUAUCACAUUACUCCUCCUAGAGGAGUUCUGCUUUGUGGCCCGCCAGGUACAGGAAAAACAUUGAUUGCCCGUGCCUUAGCUUGUGCUGCCUCUAAAGCCGGCCAGAAGGUCAGUUUUUAUAUGCGCAAAGGGGCUGAUGUUCUUAGUAAAUGGGUGGGAGAGGCUGAAAGGCAGCUCAAGUUACUUUUUGAGGAAGCUCAAAAGAAUCAGCCGUCCAUUAUAUUUUUUGAUGAAAUUGAUGGCCUGGCACCUGUGAGGUCUAGCAAGCAGGAGCAGAUUCACAAUUCAAUUGUUUCGACAUUGCUUGCUUUGAUGGAUGGUCUUGAUUCACGUGGGCAAGUUGUCUUGAUUGGAGCAACUAACAGAAUUGAUGCCAUUGAUGGAGCAUUGCGUCGACCUGGCCGAUUUGAUCGUGAGUUCUAUUUUCCUUUACCUGGCUACGAGGCUCGAGCCGAAAUACUGGAUAUUCAUACAAGGAAAUGGAAGGAUCCUCCACCAAAGGAACUAAAGAUGGAGCUUGCUGCUAGCUGUGUGGGCUAUUGUGGAGCUGAUUUGAAAGCAUUGUGUACUGAAGCAGCUAUUAGAGCAUUUAGAGAGAAGUAUCCUCAGGUCUACACUAGUGACGACAAGUUUGUCAUUGAUGUUGAUUCGGUCAGUGUUGAGAAGUACCACUUUUUGGAAGCUAUGUCUACAAUAACUCCAGCUGCGCAUAGGGGAUCCAUUGUGCAUUCAAGGCCACUUUCAUCAGUUAUCGCUCCCUGCCUGAAGAGGCAUCUUGAUAAAAUAAUGGAACGGAUUUCUGAUAUUUUCCCUUUUCUUUCAUCCGUAGAUGUUAGCAAGUUCUCUGCCCUUUCUUAUGGAUCUUCCAUCCCUCUUGUUUAUAGACCUCGCCUUUUGAUAUGUGGUGGUGAGAGUGUUGGACUGGAUCAUGUGGGACCAGCUGUUUUGCAUGAGCUUGAGAAGUUUUCCGUUCACUCAUUGGGACUGCCUUCUCUUCUCUCUGAUCCAAGUGCAAAGACACCUGAAGAAGCUCUUGUGCAUAUUUUUGGGGAAGCCAAGAGAACAACCCCAUCCAUUCUCUACCUACCUCAGUUCCAUCUUUGGUGGGAUACGGCACAUGAACAGCUCAGGGCUGUGUUAUUGACUCUAUUGAAUGAGUUGCCAUCCAACCUUCCAGUUUUGUUGCUAGGAACAUCAUCAGUGGCUUUCACCGACCUCGAAGAAGAGUGUGCUUCCAUAUUCACUUCUCGCAAUGUGUACCAAGUGGAUCAACCAAGUUAUGAUGAUAGAUUGAGAUACUUCAAUAUAUUGUUUGAGUCAUUACUCUCUUUCCAAACUGAGGAAUCAAGAAACAAGUCGAAGAAACAGAAAUCCGCUAUUGAUCUUCCCAAAGCUCCAAAGGAAGUGGAGGGCCCAAAGAUUUCAGAGCUAAAGGCUAAGGCAGAAGCUGAGCAGCAUGCUGUUCGUCGAAUGAGGAUGUGCCUCCGAGAUAUCUGUAACCGCAUUUUAUACAACAAAAGGUUCAAUGUGUUUCACUUCCCAGUAUCAGAAGAGGAGGUACCUGACUAUCGAUCAGUAAUACACAAGCCCAUGGAUAUGGCUACUGUCUUGCAGCGGGUGGACUCUGGACAAUACCUUACCAGAGCAGCCUUUAUGAAGGAUAUUGAUCUUAUUGUCUUGAAUGCAAAGACUUAUAAUGGGGACGACUACAAUGGAUCUAGGAUUGUCAGUAGAGCAUGUGAACUCCGAGAUGUGGUGCAAGGUAUGUUGUCGCAGAUGGACCCAUCUUUGGUGUCCUUCUGUGAUAAAAUUGCUUCACAGGGGGGACCACUGCAGGUUGUGGAUGAUGAAGAUAGCUCUAUUCUUCAAGCAGCACCUGUUGCUCAGCUCGUUUCUGGUACUAGAAUAAGUGCAAGGCUUCGCAAUGUACAGCCAGAAGUAAACCUGUCACAAAGUUAUGAAGUGCUAAAGCGGCAAAAGAAAAGCUCAGAAAAUGAUCAGGGCAUGACUAAAGAUGCGGCUGCAAGAGAUGAAAGGUCUCCAGAAGAUGUAGAUUUAUCAAAACCAAUUUCCCCAGAAGAAGCUCCAAAAGAACCAGAUUCAAAUGGCACUCUGAAAGAAACCGACAAUUCACCAGCUGAAGCACCAGAAGUACCUGCUCCUCCUGAACCCAUGGAGACUGACAGCAGUGAAGUUGCCACCACCUUGACUACUGGUGAUGACUUACUCGGGCAGCUAGAAGCCCUAAAGCAACGCUUCAUGGAGCUCACGGCAGGCUAUGGCGUGCCACAGCUCGAGAGGCUGUAUUCCCGGAUAAUGAAAGGCGCGAUAGAGUUGACAAGUAAAGAAAGCAAUGAAGAUCAUAGGGGGUUAGUUGUUAGAUAUUUGUUGACAUUUGUUGAGAACAGCGACAAUUUUUAACUCCGCGUAAUAAGAUUCUUGUUUUCCAUGUGUACAUUCUCUUUGGAACGAAAAAUAGUGGAUCAUCUUGGGAGAUAUCCCCGUUCCAUGCCCUGUAACAAAAAUGUGCCAAAUGCUCAAGUGUCAGUGACACAAUUUUGCAAUGAAUGAUGUAGCAAGUGCACAUUUUGUAGAUUUAUCAUGUUUUUGAAAAAUCGUAUAUCUACCAUGUUCUUAUCGUGUA